AUGGCAAAUCCAACACCUGCUUUGCAUCUCACAUUUGCACUACGUCCACUCCAAAAGAAGGGAUCGGUAUUUGAAACAGAAGAAGGGUUUGACCAGGAUGAAACAAGCCGUACACUAUACAAGACGGACUUUCAUUUCUGCUACGGAUCUCCGGGAGCAGAGAUAGAAUAUGAAUGUGAGAGAACAGAGACAGACGAGUGGCUUUAUCUUAUCUAUGUGUAUGGAGUUCCGGAAGUCAGGAUAGAACUCGUAGAGAAUGAUGAGGUUGAUAUGGAAGAGAUAACUCUCUGUUCUAUAACAAAAGAGCAGACUAACACGGACAAGAUAAUUGCAAAUACAGCUGUUUGCAGAAUCAGUGAACCCGUCGUUAACGGAGAGGUUUACCGUUGUCGAUGGAAUAUGAAACUUGAAAAUGAAGUUAUAGCCGGAAAAUCACCCACGUACGGUUACAUGUGUUUAAGACUCGUGUCUAAGAAGAAAAAUAAAGGCAAAAUAAAAGAGGAUAUAAUCUGGGAAAGGAAGAGCGCUGUGCAAGAGUAUCCGUUCAGUUCUGUGAUUGCUUUUUGUUUGAACAUUCGUGACAAGCUGUUUUCACACAAUCUAUCAGUAAACUCUGUUGGCAACACGACGAAAGAUCAUCUCAAAGAUAAAGUUAAACCUAAUUCUCUGUAUGUUGUGAUUGAAUUCAGCAGCGGUAAAAUAGAAGUAACUCAUGGAACGGAUCUUAGUAUAGCUCAAGAACUAGGAAGUACUGUGGUUCUAUCCGGCUAUGAGUGUGAUGAUGAGGAUGGUGGAAAUAGUAGCAUACUGAUGGAAAUAAGUGCAAAAACCAAAUUCAAACCUGGUCGUAUACAAUUUGGGAAUAGACCAGCCAGCUUUGUUUUAGAAUUUAAUGAACGAUUGACAGACACGGAUUUGAGGCGUAUACAAGAUGAUUUGGGUUGUUCAGUCAAAGGAAUACAAGAAACCAAUACUGUUCAAGUACUUUUCAAUGAAACUGACAAAUUAGACGAAGAAAACAUAAGCUUUGACAUAACUUUGCAUUUCUCGAGGGGAAAAUUUGUGGAGGAGCUAUUGAAAGUACAAAAAUGGACAAAGACAUUCCUGGUUGUUGGUUGAUAACAUUUGAAAGCAAGGAAAUUGCUAGGAAAAUCGGGAUAAUGAAGAAAUACGGCGUCACAAUAGGAGAAGAACGAGUUAAUGCACGUGUUUUCCCUGUCUACGAAGGAUUUGGACUGACAGUUAAUGGUGGAAAUAAGCCUGUAUAUGACAAAUCUCCCUUUGUAGUUGAAGUGAACAAAAACAAACUGCGGUCGUACUGCGACUUGUCAGUGUUCAAGGUCGAGGAAGACCACAGGUGCCCCUCGGUGCAUUAUUUCAUCACAAGCGGGCACCAAGGUAGAACCAUCAACCCUCCGUUAGUCAGCUGGAUGACUUUUCUGAUAUGAAGAAAUUCAACGCCCCGAAUUACGUAUAAACAGACUUUUCUAAAUUUUUAGACACAGUACUUAAAACCUGGUUUAUAGCCUACCUCAGGAUUGCUGUUUUACUUCUAUAAAUGUUUAAUCCUAGCUAUUUUCACGUCAUCAAGUAAACAAUUGUCUGAGAAUGCCAUAUUUACAAUAGAAGUAAUUGGCACAUUUAGAAAAACUGCAGCUUCUUUCUGAAAUAUCUAAACCACUACUCUGCUGAAUUUGAAUUCCUAUUCUUUUUUUGUAUACAAAAAAACAAAAACAACCCAACUCUGACACAGAUGCUACAGUGGUCAAGAAUUCAAAGUUCUUGAUUGCAAUAAGGGGCAUCCCGACAUAUACCUAUCUCAUGUUUACUCAAAUGAAUUCUUUUUGACUGCUCUCAGUUGCACCCAUAACUAAAAAUAUAAAAAGGUAUUUUAAGUUUAACGACGACUUCUCUUCUUCACUUGAUAAAUGCUUUCUUAACUUGAUCUCAGGAUUAUUGUAUUAAUAUUAAAAGUUUGAUCACAUGUUUUCACUGGAGUCCUUUUAGAGGUCACCAGGCUAGGAACAGAAACUAAUUAAACGAUUUCUUCUCCUUAGUCGCUUGAUGGCGCUACACGCUUUUUGAUGGCGGCUUUAUCUUUUUAUUAAUCUUUCUGGAAUGUGUUAUAUUGGCUUCUGUACUAGGUUUAUUCAAACAAGAGAAAAGGAAAAGAAAUCAUUCAUCUCUGUCAUAAAUAAAACAAUAAACUAGAUGUGGUAUGGGCAUCAUCUGUUAGAGACAAAGAAUACGAUGAAUUUGAAGAUGAAUUUGAAAAAGAAGAAGGAUUGGAUGAAACUUUCGAUGAGCCGAACUCCAUCAUGUUCAAAUGCCAACUACCCGAAUCGGAAUGGAAAAGGUUAGCUCUUUGGAAAGACAUAACAAAGAAGGUGGUAUUGAACUACUUUAAUAAGUCAAUACAACAGAUUGAUUUCGAUGUAGAAGACGAUACUGUUGAAAAUGUUCUUGGUAAAAUAAACAGACCACAAGAGACGAACGAGUUCGAAUUUGAAGGAAAUAACACUAUUCGGAUCUGACAACCAGAUGCUGAAUUAUGUCGCUGAUAAAGCUGGUCGAAAGAGCGCGAUCCCAGAAAGUGUAACAGAAACGGUAAAAGUUACAGUGGAAAAUUAUAUAGCAUUAGACGCAGAAGGAAUACUCAACAAAUUAAAAAAUGAGAGUCCUUAUACAUCUUUUAAAGUGAACAGAGAGGCGGAAACGGUUACCUUCAAGUGCCCUAGUGAUGAAGUCCAUGAGGCUAAUUGCAGAAUUUUAAACCUUGCCAUUGAUACAACUACAGUCUUAUUGCAUAUAAAGGAUGAAGAAGCCCAGUUCAUGCGAAAAGGGGGCGAUAGAUUGAUAAAGGAAUAGCUCCAUAAAAAACGGAUGAAUAGCAAUUUUACUUUAUCUGAAAAGGACAAUAUUGACAGUGCUAUAAUUUAUACUGGUAAUGGAAUAGAUGAGGAAAAAGGAAAUGCUAGGAGUUAUAGAAAAUACUAUAAGAAUAUGUUUAGUAACUGUCGACAAGGAAGCUUCUGAUUAUUCUAAAUCAUCUGAAUGGAAAAGUAAAAAGCAAGAGAUCACAAAAAGGGCUAAGGGACCUUUGAUCAUUUUAGAUCCAAGUAAUAAACCGACUAUCACAAUAAUUGGGACAGUAGAAACUAGUAAAUAUGCGAAACUAGUAGUAGAAAAUUCAUUGAAACGUCAUAAAUGUGGAACAGUUACUCUCCGUGUGCCAAUACAAACUGCCGAGUACUUAGAUGAAUUCAAGAGCGAAGAAUAUCAUGACAAACUCGAAUGUGUAAAAGAUAGUAAUAGUUGCCUAACUGGUGAACUGUCCGUUCAUGACUCCGCUAAUGACAUCAGUCGUUUGAAAGAGGCUGUUCAGAGAGAAAAUAGGUCUACACUGGUUUUUACAUGAAGAAGUGUUGGAUAGCCAGUGUUAUCCAAGAGCUUGUAGACUUGAAAACACUUUCACGCAAUGAAAGGUUUCUGUUGCAACUAGAUAUAGGACACAGUCUUGCUGCACAAGGAAUCACGGUAGUUGCUGUCUUAUCCAAGUCUUGAACAAUUUUUCAAGUAAGUCAAGGCGAUAUCACGUUUGAGACAACAGAAGCCGUUAUUCACAGCACAAAUGGAGACAAGACAGCAUUUGAGCGGGGGCUAGGAAAAUGUUUAAAUGAUAUAGGUGGCGAUACUAUUAAAGAUGAAUUUGAAGGAAAGAUUUUCAGUGGAUUUAAAACUAGAGACGUAAUUUUGACAGGGUCAGGAAGUCUGCGUUGUCUUAAAAUUGUGCAUGCCUUUCCCCCAAAGCGAAGUAAUAAUUCAAAUUUGGAUGAUACAGAGAUGAAGACUUUAGUAAGGAAAAUAUUACAAAUAUGCCAAGACCAAGCAAUGACAUCAAUAGCUCUGCCGGCCAUUGGUUGUGGUGCUGGAAGAUGUCCUAUAGAAAAGACUACGCUACACAUGGUAGAAGCUGUGACGGAAUUUGUUGAAAAU